GUCGCUGUCGGCGCGCCUGCAGCGCCAGCGCAACGACGCGGAGGCGCUCGCGCACACCGCGCACUCGGACCUGUCCGUGCGCCUGCACGACGCGCACGCCGAGGUUCAGAGGUUAAAAGAGGAAUUGGAAUCAAAGGACAAGCAGCUGACGAGGCUGAAACAGAGCAUAGCGGAGAGAGACAAGAUCGGCGAACAAAUACCGACGCUCUACGGAAACUCAUGCAAUCCAAAGGACAAAGUGAUAAUACUGGAGCGCGAGCUGUCGAACGCCCAGUCGAAGAUCGGGCAGCUGGAGGAGGCGCUGUGCUCGCUGGAGGCGGACCGCGGCCAGCUGCGCGCCGCGCUCCGGGGCCGCGAGCUGCAGCUCAACGAGAUCAUGGCACUCAAACUGGAAGACGAUCAGCAUCAGAAGAGUGAAAUCAUUGAAGCUAAGACUUCUGCGCGGACGCUCAGCGACAUCGUCUCUAUAUCGGAGUUCGAUGAACAAGACCUUCAGAUGCGACGAGCCGAACUAAAGGCGCACAAUAUGAGCAUAAACGCGAAUGAGUGCAAAGAUAAAACAAAUCUAAAUAGGACGCUAUCGCCCGAAGUUCAAAGACCUUGCAUGAGUUCGCUGAACUUGGAAUACGUCGAGCAUUUCGACGCGACGAAUUUAACGCCUCGUGCGGACUCCCUACCCAUACAUCUGACAUCGACUCAAAUUAAAGACGUGUACAAGAGAAACGCUAAUGAGACUACAGUAUUCGGAACAAUUGAUAAGUUCGGCGAUAGUAUUAAACACUCCACAGCUCAAAACAUACAAGAUAAUUGUUCAAUGUAUCCAAAUAGAGAGGCUAGUGAGAGUAAGAACACUAGCGUUGAACCGAAAAAGAUCAAUUUCUCGCUGGAGCCUUCCGAUAACAAAACCCAGGAAGAUGAAUUUACGUCGUUAAAGGAGUUAGGAAUAACGUUAGACGUUAAACAAGAAAACUUCCCCGAUAUAUUGACGCAACUGAAACAUGAAAUCAAAAAGUCAAGAAACGAGUUGGAAUCCUGCAAAUCUGAAUUAAAGAAUGCAGAAGAGCAACUCUGUGAGUUUCCAGCUCUAAAGGAAGAAGUAGAAGAAUUAAAAGGCUUACUAGAAAAUACAAUGGCGACCAUGGAAAAUGAUAAAAAGUUCUAUGAAAACCAGCUAGAGAAUUUCUCCUCGAACAAGAAACAUCUCGAGCAAAAACUUGCGGAGCUCACACAAGAAGUUAGCGAGAAGACUAACGAUCUUCACUUACUCAAGGAGGACAUACUAAGAAGAGAGAACAUGAUUUUAGAACUUGCAAAAGAAAAAAGGAAUCUGUCUAAUAAAAUAACAGAUUUAGAAGCGAAAAUAAACGAGCUCCAAGCCAAAAACUCAGCCCUGGAAAAAUACGAAACAGAAAAUGUGCAGUUGAAAGAAAAGGUAAAAGAGUUACAAAAGCUAGAGCAACUAGUCUCGGAGAAGAACCAACAGAUAGAUAGUCUUAAUCAACAUUUGGACCGACUGGACGACUUACAAAGAUGUCUCAAUGAUAAGAAUGAAGAAAUGGAAAGCAUUAAAGAAGCAUUGGAAGAGAAAUCAAACGAACUGUUCCAAAUGCAGGACUCGGUCAAAAACUUAAACAAUGACAUUGCUAAAGUCAUCGAGGAGAACGAUCAACUUAGUUACAAUAACAAAGAUCUCAAACUAAAACUAUCUAAACUGGAAAAGGAACAAGAGAACGCGUCAAUGAAACAACAGAACAGUGAAAGUGAAUUGGAAAGAUUGAGAUCUCUGAACAAUGACCUAACAGAAAGGAUAGAAGAACUAAAACUACUCAAUGAUAAACUUAAAGACAAGGAGACGGAAAUUGAAAUCCUUAACGAGGAUAUAAAUUCUUAUCACAAUGAGAUAGCGUCUUUGAAGGAGCAGUUGAAGAUGGCGUCCCGGAGUCCGUCGCCGAGGAACAAGAGUGGCGAGGAAAAGAAAUCUCCAGAAACCCAAUCAGACAGACAAGCGAGUAAUGAUAAGAAGCAGUUGGCGAAGAUCAAGAAGCAAAUAACCUUACUACAGCACGAACUCGACUUCCAUAAAAAGGAGCUCAAUGAUAAGGCCUUCGAGCUAGCGAAAGCGAAGUUAGACCUAACAGAAGCGAGGACGAGCACGAGCCAGGCGUCGAAAGAGCUCCUGGAGCAGCGCGCCGCCGCCGACGAGCUGCAGCGGGAGGCGCGCCGCCUGCGGGCCGACAGGGGGGCGCUGCAGCAGCAGCUGGAGCUCGUGCAGGCCAGAUUGCGAGAGGAAUCUAACGUGAGCGAAUUGAAAGAGAAACUGAGAGAAAAUAUCGAGCGCUGUCAGCAGCUUGAAGCGGAGCUCGCGAACGUGAGGGAAGGUUUUGACAGGCGCUCGCCCACGGCGGAGCUGGAGCGCGCGCUGCGGGACCAGCUGCACUACUCGCGCGCGCUCGACGAGCGGCUCGUCGACCAGAUAUUAUCAGCGAGUAGUGACGAACAUGAAGAAAUACCGCGACUGGCAUUAAAUAAUUCUAAUGGCUCAACGAGUUCCAUACAUUCCUCAUCGUCCGAGCGUAUGAAUCGAUUGCGUAGUGAAAAUGAGAAGCUGGAGAUGCAAGUACAGAAUCUGCAAUGUCGGCUACAGGAUAAGGACGCUCUCAUCGCUGAACUGAACAGGUUGGUACUGUUCGAAAACAAUAAUUUUAGGCUGCACAUUGCUCAUGUGUUCUCGUAAUUUUUUGAAGAUUCUGUACAUUUUUCAUUGAGGUAGA